UGGGACACCCUGUACUGCACUGGUGACACCUGGUGGCACUGCAGUGUCACCUCCUAUGAUGAUGACUCUACCACCUCUGAUGAUGAUGAUGACCCUGUCACCUGCCUGAGCCAGGCCCUGGCUGCCUAUGAGUACACCCCAUGGACCACCUGGGACAAUGUGACAAGGGUGGCCAGCAAGUGGCAGGGGGCUGUGGAUGUGCUUGUGGAUAGGUGGGCUGAGCUGGCCAAGAAAGCCACCGAGCACCACAACACCUGCAGGGAGAUGGUCACCACUGCCUGGGCCAGGGAGCUGCAGGCUGAGGCUGCCCGUUUUGAGACAGCUCAGGAAAACACAGUGGAACUGGGUCAGGCCCUGGGCGGGGAGGAGGGGGCUGAGGUGGUGGCUGGGUACAAAGCCCAGGUGAGGAGAGAUGCCAGCUUGGCUGCCAGCGAGGCAACCAGGGCCACCAUGGUGAGACAACGGCUGGAGGCAGCCCUGGGGCUGCUGGAGCGCUUGGUGGCCGCGUGUGACGAAGCCACCGCCUUCCCCCGGGAGCUGCAGCGCAGGGUUGGGGACAUUGAGGCCACCCUGAAGGGGGCAAAUGAGGCAUCCCCUGAUGUCCCUGAGGACCUGGAGGCCAAGGUGGCCGUGGCCGAUCGGUUGUGGGAAGCCAACACCUCCCUGGCCAAGGAUCACCUGCUUGGGACAGUUGACGACAUCAUGAAGUUCUAUUUCGAUGGUGCUCCCGCCAGCUCCAGUGCCUGUGAGGUGGCCGAGCGGUGCCAAAGAGCCAUCGAGGACAUCCCAAGGCUCCUUCGAACCCCGGAGUGUCCCCAGAGCAUCCCUGCUGGGUCCCCAGUGAGCAUGGAGCUCCAAGAGCCAUCCCUUUCCCAGCUGCUGGAGGCUCUGGUGUCCAUGGUGGCCACCCUGGGCAAGGUGGCGGCCACCGUGACCGGGCCACACCGGGGCGUGCGGCGCUGUGUGCCCCCGAAGUCCCUGCACGCGGCCCUGAGGAACUUCACCUGGAGCCUCCGUAAGACCCUGGACCACCCUGGUGUCACCUCCCUGGGCGACCCUGCUGUCACCUCCCUGGGCGACCCUGCUGUCACCUCCCUGGGCCAGGCCCUGGCCACCCUCAGGGCCACCCCUGGGGCCACCUGGGCCGAUGUGAGAGCCGUGGCCAGCGCCUGGCGGGAGUUGGUGGCCGCGCAUGAGCAGAGAUGGGACCAUCUGAAAGAGGAGGCCACCAAGCUCCGUGAUGCCUGCGAGGAUGUGGCCCCUGCCCGGGCAGGGGACCUGCAGGACGAGGCCACCCACAGAGGGACAGCUGGGGACAGCCUGGUGGCCACAGCCCAGCAGCUGAUGGUGGCCCUGGACAGGGAGGAGGAGGCCUCGGCGGGGCCCACGCGCGAUGCCCAGGUGUCAGUGGCCACCAACGAGGCCGUGGGAGAAGCUGUGGUGGCCACCAAGUGGGCGAGGGCGGCCAUCAGGAGGAGACAUUGGGCAGAGGUGGCCCUGGGGCCGCUGCAGCGCUUGGUGGCCGCGUGUGACGGAGCCACUGAGUUUAUCAGUUACACAGAGUGCCAGCUCAGGGACAUCGAGGCUGCCCUGGAGGGGACAAAGGAAGCGUCCCCUGAUGUCCCCGAGGCCUUGGUGGCCAAAGUGGCUGAGGCUGAGCAGCUGUGGGAGGCCAGCGUCCCACCUGUUCAAGCAUCACCUGCUGGGGACACUUGGGGACAUCCACAGCCUCCUCUUGAGUCCCUAUGGUGGCCGUAGGGGCCCCGAUGGCCCCGGCAGCCGCACGGUGGCCGAGCGGUGCCAAAGAGCCAUCGAGGACAUCCCGAGGCUGCUUCAGGACAGUGACGUCACUGCUGUGACGUCAUCGUGGCAGUGACAUCAUCGGGGACAUCGCUGCUGUCACCUGUCCCCUCCCUGUGCGGUAUUUGAGACAAGUCUGGGGAAUUUUUUGGGAAUUUUCAUUGAAAUUGCCCCAAAUUCUGAUGGGAAUUCCUGGGGUGAUGUCACUGGGGACACUCUGGGGGCACUCAGGGACAUGCAGGGAUACUCAGGGACACUCAGGGACAGGGGACAGGGGUGAAUGAGUCCCCUCAGCAGCUUCCAGCUUUCCACUGUGCCUGCAGCAGAGCCAGGUCAUAAAUUGCAAUUUCACAAUUGGCUUUUGCAAUUCUGCAUUGCCUUUUGCACUUUUGUAUUGCCUUUUGCACUUUUGUAUUGCCUUUUGUACUUUUGUAUUGCCUUGGACACUUUGUUAUUGAUCACCCACAAUCUGAUAUGGUGUUUGAUACGGAUAUUGAUUAUCAGUGACUCCUUGUGGCUGCUGGUUGGUGCAAUAUAAUCUGUCCGUUCAUGUGUGCACCGUACAGCCAAUAAAUAAAAAACUUAAUAAUUA